AUGAAGGGGGCGGUGGGCAGCGCGGUGGCCGCCGUCACGCAGGAGAGCUUCGGCUGCACCGUCGCCAAUCGCUUCUACCAGCUCCUGGACGACGACUCGGACCCCUUCGACAUCCUGCGCGAGGCCGAGCGCCGCCAGCAGCAGCGCAAGAAGCGCGACGAGGCGGCGGCGGGCAGAGCCGUGCCCGGCGGCAGAGCCGUGCCCGGCGGCAGAGCCGUGCCCGGCGGCAGGAGGGAGAGCCAGAAGGAGCGCAGGCAGCCGGGGGGCUCCGCGGCCGCCGCCGAGCCGCCGCUGACAGGCCAGAAGCGACCACCUUGGUGGGGAGAACAGCAAGGCUUCAGCAACAGAGGAGCAGAGGUGAAAAAGGACAAGGCUGCGUGGAGACCAUCUUUCUGGGAAUACCGUCCUGAUGGAGCACAAAGACAAGUGGAAUUCCAAGUGGAAAAGGAAAAAAAUCUUACUGGUUGUCAUCUUUGUAGGCCAGUGGAAAGAUUAGACUGUGAAAGACCAACAAGAGGUCGUGGUGGAGGACGAGGUGAAAUGCGAGGUAGAGGAAGAGGUGGUAGAAUAAACAGAAGUUUUGGUGGCUUUGACCAAAGAGGAAAACGUGAAUUUGAAAGACAGAGGGGGAAUGACAAAAGUGGGAUGGAACAGGCUGCACCUAUGGAAGAGACUAUAGAAACUGCUGAACAGCCAGGGACAUCUGAAGGAGACCCUCUGAGCAAAGCUGCUGAAGCAGAGCCAGUGGAAGAAGUAGUUCAAGAAAUGACAUUAGAUGAGUGGAAAAGUCUUCAGCAACAGAAUCGACCAAAGCCUGAAUUCAACAUCCGGAAGCCAGAAUCCACUGUUCCUUCCAAAGCAGUGGUGAUUCACAAGUCAAAAUAUAGCCAUGAUUUGCAGAAAGAAGCCUUUGAAUAUGAUUCUCCUGUCUUUCGAAAGCCGGUGAAUGACAUCACAUCUCAGCUGGAUAUUAAUUUUGGGAGCCUUCCUCGCCCUGGCUGUGGAUCAAGAGGGGCACGAGGUGGUCGUGGUGGAAGAGUUGGAGAGAUCAGACCUCAAUCAAAAGCAGUGGUGCAACUUGUGGCUCCAAAUCCUGAUGAUCCCGAGGAUUUUCCAGCUUUGGCUUGAAGAACCACCAGGAAUGGUGGCCUCCCAAAGUAGCUUUGGAGUAGCUGUGAAGAGACCAGUUUUAUGCUGGGUGGGGAUAAAGGAAGCCUGUUUCCUUGUGGGAAAGUUGUUUAGGUGUUCGGUGUGAAAUGAUUGCAGCUGUCUGCUAAUAGAAGUGGGUCCUAGAAAUAUGGGGGGACUGGGAUCCUGUUGCGGGUCCCAGUGUCUCCUUUGUGAGAGCUGUGGGAAGGCUCACAGGACUUCACUACCAGGCUUCAAAUGAAGUUAAAGGGAACAGUGUUUUUACAAAAUGUGUAUAUAUAGAGAUUCUAUCAAGUUCUCCAUGCCACCAUGGUGAAAUGCGAACUGUACAAUUGAGACUCUUUCACUGUACAUUUGAAAGCUGAUUUUUUUGAGUGAAGUGUAUAUUUCAGACAGUCACGAGCUGCAGUUCUUCUUAGCUUGGCAAAUAAAGGAAAGUGCUCAUUGGUUUGGGGUUGAGGUAUUAUUUUAAAAAGUCAGAGUGGUAGAAUGAAGGUUUUGCUAUUUGGAUGUUGUCUGGAACAAAAUAAAGAAACAAACAAAAAAACCCCACCAACUACCAUCCCUCCCAACAAAAAACCCCCAGCCAACCAACCAAAAACCCAAUCAAAAAAACCCCCACCAACCCCAAACCUCAAACAGCAGUCUUUAGAUCUCUCUAAAGGAAAGUGAGCUGUAAAAUUAAGGCACACAGAUGCUUUUUGUUGACUAUAAGUCCCACUUCAGUAACAAGAUAUAAUCUGCAACUACUUUGAAGAUGUUUAAAUUUAAGAACAGUAAGAAUUUUGAGCUAAAGACAGAACUAAAUUGUUAAGGAAGCUUUUGAUUCCAGCAGAAACAACUACAAACUAAAAUGUUUCCUGCCUUACCAAGAAGUUUGUGACAUUGGGGACGAAUGGGAUGUUCCUUCAUUGCAUCUUUAACACACUUCCUCACCUGAGCCUCACUUGUUUCCUGUCCAAGGGGAUGCUCAGAACCAUUCUGGGAGAUCUGAGAGAAACAAGGAAAUAUUGCCAGAAGCAAUGACAGAAAAAAAAGGAGUGGAUGACCACACUGGACGUUUUGGAAGUAGCUCACAGGAGUCUUCAAAUGCCUUGAACUCAUUCUUUCAAUUUACUGGAAAAGCAGAUUAAUACAAACCUUUCAUUUUUUCCAGUUCUCUACCUCACUUCUAAGCAGUCUACUUAGAAAGCAAAUAGUGGAUGAGACUUAGAAGGAAAAAAAUGUUUUGCUCUGGAGUAAGCUGUAGGAGUACUCAGCAACUUAAAAGACUUAUCUCACUGAUAAAGCUUUGCACAAGCAGGAGAAAAUCAUCCUAGAAAGACUACACUCUUUUCUUUAUGCUCCAAAGAGAGGGUCUGCAGAGUAGUUCAGCCCAAAGGAUUUUUUUUCUUGCAUUUGUGAAAUUACUUACAUGACAAUUUGCUAUAACAUGAGAUUUCAUGUUCCACAAGGAGUUCAUUUUAGUAGCAGAGAGGUACUCUGACAACUUGUAAUAGAAAGAGUGUGCAAAAGCAAACCAGGUGCUGGUGUAAGAGGAAUCCAUGCUGCUGCUAUUUGAGUAAUUGAACUGGAUGAAAUAAUUUACAUGACUCCUUCACCUUGUAGGAAAAGUUGCUACAUGAAAUCAGUGCAGUUUAAAUUUUAACUGCUGCUGCCCUUUUCCCAGGCAGUGUGUGUUUCUGCCAAAAAUGGCAAUUUAAUGAUUGUGGAAUAGAAGUGAUUUUGUCUGUGGGGGUCAUAGAAUAUUUUAGCUUGUUCUUCCCUCCCUGUUCCGCUUUUCCCAUUGGACAGGAAAAUGUCUCUGAAUUUUUAUUUACACUUUUACUUGCAGGAGUGAGUGUAUGUAUAGACAUGGAGAGCUUCUUUGCAAGGCUUGCUUCUAUUUUCCAUCCUGUGUUGGAGGUGUAGCCUCAUCUUCUCCCAAUACCUCUUUUUGCUAAGGAAAGCAGUGAAAUAUUUAACAGUAACCCUCUCUUUUUCUACCAAAAAUUUGAAACUUUGCUAUGCUACUGGGCUGAAUCUGGUGUAAUCUAGUUCAGUUCUGACUGUUCUCUGUGAAGGCUGAAAGAGUUGUUUUAUAUUUCAGGCUGUUUCCUGCUGCUGCAAAGUUACUGUUUGUUCCUCCAACUUUGAUCUGCUUUUCCAAACAGAAUGACAAAUAGGUUCUUUAAGGAAUGCUUUAAAGGACUUGUCAAAGUGUAUCUGUGUAAUCAACUUUUGGUUCAGCAGAGUGUUAAAAAAACACCUGGUUACAAAAAAAAAUACUUGUUACAAGUCUGUUUAAUUAAAAAACAGAACAAACCAACCAAAACUAAA